UAGAAAGCGACGGCUGUUCGCACUGUCAGACAGACAGUCAGUCAUUGUCAGGAGCAGACAUGAAGGGGCCGUUGUACGUGGAGCUCUACACCGGGGCCAAGAUGCCCAUCCUGGGCCUGGGGACAUGGAAGUCAGAACCAGGCAAAGUGACGGCGGCUGUGGAGGCGGCUUUAGAUGCGGGGUACAGGCAUUUGGACUGCGCCUUUGUGUAUCAGAAUGAGAACGAGGUCGGAGAGGGCGUUCAGAAGAAGAUCAAAGAAGGUGUGGUGAAGAGGGAGGACAUCUUCGUCACCAGCAAGCUGUGGUCCACUUUUCAUGAGAAGUCGAUGGUGAAAGGAGCCUGUCAGAAGACCCUUGCUGAUUUGAAGCUUGAUUACCUGGACUUGUAUCUGGUUCACUGGCCAACAGGAUUUAAGGCUGGAGAUGCAUUAUUUCCCAUUGAUGACCAGGGCCUGGUGAUCCAAAGCGACACAGACUUCUUGGACACUUGGGAGGCAAUGGAAGAGCUAUUGGAUGCUGGGCUUGUGAAAGCCAUCGGAAUCUCUAACUUCAACCACGAGCAAAUUGAGCGGUUGUUGAACAAGCCAAACUUGAAGCACAAACCAGCGGUCAACCAGUUUGAAUGCCAUCCUUACCUAACCCAGCAGAAGCUCAUCAAUUACUGCCAUUCCAAAGGCAUCGCAGUGACUGCAUACAGCCCGUUGGGAUCUCCAGACAGACCCUGGGCCAAGCCAGAGGAUCCUUCCCUUUUAGAUGACCCAAAAAUCAAAGCGAUUGCUGCUAAGCAUAAAAAGACCUCUGCCCAGGUUCUGCUCCGCUUCCCUAUUCAGAGGAAGUUGGUUGUUAUCCCAAAAUCUGUAACUCCUCAGCGCAUUGUGGAGAACUUCCAGGUAUUUGACUUUGAACUGUCUGAGGAAGAAAUGAAAGAGAUAUUGAGCUUUGAUCGGGACUGGAGGGUCUGUGCAUUGUCUACAGCCAAAAAACACAAGGAUUACCCGUUCAGUGUGGAGUAUUGAGCAGAUGUGUGUCCGGUUAAUGCCGUGGCGGUUUCUGC